CAGAGUGUCACAUGAUUUGCCAUUUAAUACGUCUUCGAUUCCAUCUUUGAUUCCAUUUUUGUUUUCCUUUCAAACGAACCAAACAUUCGCUGAAGACCUCGAAGAAUGUCUUCGACGUCGUCUCACAACUCGUCGGACACGCCGUCCGACCCGAAGCCAUCCACUUCUGGCAACACAGCGGACAACGCGAGUGACGCCAACUUCGAGUGCAACAUCUGCUUGGAUACGGCCAAAGACGCGGUCGUCAGUCUCUGCGGACACCUCUUCUGCUGGCCGUGUCUUCACCAGUGGCUGGAAACGAAACCUUCGCGACAGACGUGUCCCGUCUGUAAGGCCGCCAUCAGUCGCGAUAAAGUGAUCCCUUUGUACGGCAGGGGAAGCGCCAAAAAGGACCCGCGCGACCAACGCCUCCCACCGCGACCUCAGGGCCAGCGAACGGAACCCGAAUACAACGCCCAAACAUUCCCGAACUUCGGCUUCGGCGACGGCGGGUUCCACAUGUCCUUCGGAAUCGGCGCCUUCCCCUUCGGCUUCUUCGCGUCGACUUUCAACUUCGGCGACGGCAGACCCGCGCCCUCUCCGCACAGCCCGGACUUCGCUGAGGACCAGUUCCUCUCCAAAGUGUUCCUUUGGUCGGCCCAUAAGACGUUCCGAAUCAAACGCAAGCUCGCGAAGAAGCAAAGACAGAACCGACCCGUCCCUCAAUGGAUCCGUAUGAAGACCGGGAACUCCAUUCGAUACAACGCCAAAAGGAGACACUGGCGAAGAACCAAACUCAAGCUCUAAAUCUAUUAUUGUCGCCAUUUUGUCAACUAUUCUGAUGUCGAAGAGAAUGUGAAAUAAAAAUCAUUUGAUUUCCAAAA